UUAUACGAACAAUUUUAAUAAUGCUCAAUAUUCACCUGAAGCAACAAGACAAUGGUAUCCUUAUGGAAAUAGUAAUCUAAUGACCUCACCUUCAACACCACAAGGUCAAGAACAUAAUUCACAACAAUAUCCACAAAAUGCAGGUUUUCCAGAUCGUUCUGCUUCUACACCACCAGCUGUACCAAUAUAUUCAACACAUCCUCCUUCAAGAAAUCACAACGCUCAUCCUCAAUCUACUCCAUUAGAAGAAUAUGAUACUACAAGUUAUAAUUUGAUAAAUGGACAAUCACAAGGACAACAAAGUGUACAAGGAGUUGUAGUAUCCGGUGGUCCGGCGACUGAGGAUAAUAAUGCAAGUAACGGUAACGGUUAUAUUCGACCCGGAGGUCAAGGCCUUUACAAUCUUGUCUCGGCCGCCGAUGUUGUAGGAGGAAGUCCAGGACAAGCUUCACCUCAACAACUUAUUGGUCAAAAACGUGGCUUCGUUGGUGAUGACGAAAAUGAUGAUUACAGUGCAAAUAAUUCUACUCCAAGUCCUCCUAUUACCAUGCAUCCUCCUCCUCCAUUGAAUAGUAUCGCCGUUAGCUCCGCCAUGAAUGCUGCUGCAGGUUCUUUCCCAAGUCCAAUGCAUGCAAGUCCAAAUUCUUCCCCAAGUAAUUCAGCCUUUAGUGGUUGGAAUCAUUCUGGUAAACGUGUGAAAUACGAACAAUUCCCUGAAUCAACAACACCCUCAUCAUCUCAUUCUUCACCAAGAAUCAAUUCCAAUGGAUAUC